UUCAUAAAUUGCGAUGGCAGACCCUAAAAAGAAAACAAGCUUACUUACAGUCAAAGCGAUGGCAGUAUUCGUUGUGGGAACGCAUCUUUUACGAUUCAUGUUCUCGUCUGUGUACUUCAAACAAGUAGGGCUUCCUUCUUCGUACUCGGGCAUCCUUCUUGGUCUGUCUCGGAUAACGGAGGCACUCGGUGGAGUAAUAUUUGGAUAUGCAGCAGAUAGAAAAAAUAUGAGGAAUUCCAUUCUUAAGUUUUGCUACUUGGCCUAUGCGGUCACACCAUUUUUGAUCACACUCCCACAACCUAUGUAUACGUCUGCGUCAAUGAGACACUGAGUAUGAAUGUUUCAGAGCAGAACCCUUCUCAACAUGCGCCUUGCUACAAUCARACAGAACAGAUCUGUAACAGCCCAAAAACCACGAAAUCCUCAGAAAUCAAAAGACUUUUCCUUUUGCUGUUAAUCAUUGUUGGCUUAGGAGACUUUCUCGGUGGUGCUACAAUYAAUAUCAUGGACACCCUUGCUGUGUCAUCUAUUGAAGACAAGAAGCAGUAUGGCAAAAUUCGUCUUUGGGGUAACAUAGGCCAAGCRGUGACCAUACCCGUGGUCGCAAUCAUCACCUAUUUUAAACAGAUUGAGAUCUGUGGCGUCCUUCAAAGUGAUUACCGAAUAGCGCUAUACGCAACAUCGCUGGUAUCCACCAUUGGAUGGUUCGUUGCUAUAAUCAAGGUGCACAUGCCUCCCUCGAAAGAUGCAGARGASAAMGAKACUAACAAAGAUGAGGUGUCUCUCAAAGAACUCGUUGUACCUUUGGAGAUGUGGAGUUUACUUGUUAAUGCGUUAUUUUAUGGUAUUUUCACUGGUGCAAUAUCAGGUUUYCUCUUCUGGACAAUGACUGAUUUAGACCCAACCCAGGCAAAUCUAUCCAUAGCWGUGGCGAAUUUCCUGAGGAACACCACAGGGCUUUUGGUCUACUUCUUUGCUCCAAGAUUKCUCACUGCUGUUGGCUACAGAAACAUAUUGAACGGUUCAUGUUUGAUUUUUGUUGCAAGUUUUGUUGUAGCAUCUUUGAUGCGCACCUCGUGGCUUGGAAUUGUGGUGGAGGUUCUUUCAAGCGCGGGAAAAGCGUUAGCUAUGGCUGCCUGCGUGUCGUAUAUUGGAGAAUUGGCYCAYGCUUCAUUAGCUGUUACGGCACAAGGACUUCUUCAUUUGAUGUUUACUGGAGCAGGUCCUGCUAUUGGUCCAUUUCUGACAGGGUUUAUGAUGGAAUACACAGGUCAGGGAAUUACUUUCCUCAUCUUUGCUGGGCUGAGCAUCAUUGUCUUAAUCUUUUCAGUCAUCAUACAGUAUGUUAUGAAAAUCCGGCAUCGUGACUACGAACAGAUGACUGCCGAACAAGAAAAUGAAUAGCUUUGCAUGCAUGUUCAUAAAGUACCUUGUAUAAUAGUAAUCAUGGAAGAGAAAUUAAUAAAAGUAAUACAUGAYAAUAAUGAUAACAAUGGUCUAUAUAAUAACAGUCAAUGUACAUUGCAGCAAAGUGUACGAGCUCGAAUCUCAAAUAAAAUCCAUCUUUACUAUAA